AUGUCGGUCGAGAAGCCACGCAGCAGCCUCGCGUCGUUCGACAAGCCGAAGUCGGUGGACAAGCCCCGUUGCCAGUUUGGGACCGAGAAGGAAAAACGCACCAACGAGUACUACGCCAAGCUGCAAAAGGAGACGGCGCCCAAGACGUCGGCGCCGGUCUUCAAGUCGUCGCUCAUGCAGAGCAUGAAGUCGAGUCUCUCGUCGUCGCUUGCACUCAGCAUCGCGCGCGAGCCCACCAAGCCGCUCGAGAAGAUCCGCUACUCGUACCUGGAACUGCUGAGCUACAAGCGCGAAUACCCCAAGCCGGCCGACUUGACAGCCGACAUGACGAUCAUCACGACGCCCGCGUCACCGCGCGCCCUCGCGCGGUCGGCGAAAGAAAAGGCGGUCGUCGUCGACGACUCGGUCGCGGCCACGGUCAAAACGCUCCUCAACAAGCUCACGCGCGAGCUCUUUGAGAAGCUCACGCUGUCGUUUUGCGAAAUUCCGCUCACGUCGUUUGGGGUGCUGCGCACGAUCAUUCGCAUGAUCAUGGAGAAGGCGCUCGACGAGCCCAACUUUGCGCAAGUGUACGCCGACCUCUGCGCGCGGCUCCACGCCCACACGCUCGCGAACGGCGCGUACAAGUUUCUGCACCCCGUGCAGCACGCCACCGACAAGAGCUGGCUCUGGACGGCCAUUUCCAGCCCGUCCUUCCCACCGUUCUAUGGCCCAUACGAGAGUGUCGACGCGUGCGUGGCCGCGCCUCCGUCCAGCGACCCGCCUGUCGCGGUCGACGAGCUCAACAUGCCAUCGUUCUACUGCAGCGACACGCAUCUCUUUGCGAUCUGCACCAAGCGCGCCGGCGCCGGCUACUUUGUCUCGGCCAAAGCCCGCGACUCGCUGACCGAAGAUGAGCUCUUGCUCGGCCGCUUCCCUUCGGCGGACGCGGCGAUGAAGGCAGCGGUCAAGUGCACGACGUUCAAGCGCCUUCUCGUGACGCGCUGCCAAGACGAGUUUGACAAAUGGAACGUGGCGGACAAGACGGUAGCGCCGACGACCGACGAAGAAAAGCACCGUGCAGCGCUGGUGGCGAAGCGCGCCAAGGCCCGCAUGCUUGGCAACAUGCGCUUCAUUGGUGAGCUCUUCAAGGUCGAGCUCCUCGCGGAAAAUGUGGUCCAAACGUGCUUGCUCAAGCUCUUGGGUCUUCGCCUCGUGCACACCGAGACGCAUGGCAUCGCUCUUCAGACGCUUCGGAUGCCGGACGAGGAAGAGCUCGAAGCGCUCUGCAAGAUGCUUGCGACGGUCGGCAAGAAGUUUGAUCAUGACGGCGUCAAGACGGUCAUGAACGGUAUCAUUGUCCGUCUCGUCGAACUGUCCGAGACGCCGUCGCUGCCGUCACGGACGCGCUUUCUCCUCAAGGACCUUCUCGAGACGCGCGACUACCAAUGGGUGCCCCGGCGCAAGGAACUGCAACAAAAGACGCUGGACGAAGUCCGCAAGGAGGCCGAGAAGCUCCAGCGACUCGGGAAGAACGCGCAGCACGACGAUUUGGUCGGGAAGCGCAAGAAGACUGCCAAUUCGAGCGAAAAGCUCGCCAAGCAAAACAGUACGCUCUUGCUGCGGGCACCGGCGCCGCUGUCGCCGGCCGCGGCCUCGAGUCGCAUCAAGGGCAUUGUCAAGGAGUACAUUGCGUCGCAUGACCUCGACGAGACGCGCGCGUGUCUCCGCGAGCUGCCCCGCGACGUGCACGUGUCGUUCAUUGACACGUCAUUGACGUAUGCGCUCGAGGGCAAGGACCACGAGCGGUCGGCGGCCGUCGAUAUGCUGGCGUCGCUCUACGAGACGUUGGAUCUUGGCGCGACCGAGAUGCAGAGCGCGCUCCUCAACACGCUCGAAUUUCUCGACGACCUCCGCAUUGAUAUCCCCAUGGUGCACGAGUCGCUGGCGGCCGUGCUUGGUCGUCUCAUUCUGGCAGGCUGCUUCGGUCUCUCGUGGCUGCAGUCGGUCGUCGGCCACUUGGUGGAGAGCGGUCUGGCCGGCCUCUUACUCGCUGAAGUCCUCUCGGUGAUCGAAGAGGAGACGUCGCUCGAGUCGGUCGUCGCCAUGAUUGCGCGGGAAGAGCUCUCGGUCGCGGCCUUCUUGCCGGAUGGCGCGUCGGUCGAUGCGUUCCUCAAGGAGCAGGAGAUCGACAUGUACUUUUACGACGAGGACGACGAGGGCGACGAGGACGACGACGAAGACGACGAGCUCUGGGCGCGACUGACGCCGACGGUCGACGAGUACCUUGUCGUUGGCGACAUUGCCGAAGUCGAAACGUGCCUCCAAGAGCUCGCUGCGCACGAGAAGCUCCACGUGACGCUCGUCAAGCUCGUGCUCAACAUGCUCUGCGAGUGCAAGGGCAGCCAACGCUCGCAGCUCGUGACUCUCCUCCGCGAUCUCCACGCCCGAGGGACGCUCCCGACGGUAGAAUUCCAAGCCGCCCUCGAGUGGUGGCUGGUCUCUGUCUUUGAAGACGUCGAGAUUGACGUGCCGCAAGCCGCCAGCUACGUGGCACCCGUGCCUGCCUUUCUGAUUGCAUCGGGUGCCGUUCCCUUGGCAUGGCUCGUGACCACGCUUCGCCCGUUGGUCGAGUGCGGCCUGGCGGCCAAGCUUGUCCAAGCGACGUGCAUCGAGAUCGAGACGAGUCUGGGCCAUGAUGCGACCGUUGCCCUCGUCCAGACCAGCGCGGUUGACCUCAAGGACGUAGCGACGCUCCCAUCCCAUGUCGACAAGGUCGCGCCGUGGUUCGUCGUGGCAUAA